AUCUGUCCUUUCCAGAGCAGUGCGGUGUCCGUUGUUCGCCAGCAGGGGGCGCUGUGUGUGAACUCUGUCGGUGAUCAAAGGUUUCUGCAGCUCGGUCACCCGAACUUUGGCAUCGAACCAGAUGGCUGCUGUGUGGAACAAUGUGGUCUCUCUGCACCAGACGAUCGUGGAGAACGGAGACAAGAGGACGGACCCGUGGCUGCUGGUCUACUCCCCGGUCCAGGUGUUCCUCAUCUUCCUGGUCUACCUGGGCGUGGUCUGGGCCGGGCCUCGCCUGAUGAAGUCCAGAGAACCCGUGGACCUCAGGGUGGUGCUCAUGGUUUACAACUUCGCCAUGGUCGGCCUGUCUGCAUACAUGUUCUACGAGUUCCUGGUCACCUCCUGGCUCUCAGACUACAGCCUCCUCUGUCAGCCUGUGGACUACAGCACGCGUCCUCUGCCAAUGAGGAUGGCCAGAGUGUGCUGGUGGUUCUUCUUCUCCAAGGUCAUCGAGCUCAGCGACACGCUGUUCUUCAUCCUGAGGAAGAAAAACAAUCAAGUGACCUUCCUGCACGUUUACCAUCACGGCACCAUGAUCUUCAACUGGUGGGCGGGGGUCAAGUAUGUAGCCGGAGGACAAUCGUUCUUCAUCGGCCUGGUGAACACUUUUGUCCACAUCAUCAUGUACUCCUACUACGGCUUGGCGGCCAUCGGCCCCCACAUGCAGAAGUACCUGUGGUGGAAGCGAUACCUGACCUCCCUGCAACUGCUGCAGUUCCUGCUCUUCCUCCUGCACACCGGCUACAACCUGUUCACCCACUGCGACUUCCCAGACUCCAUGAACGCCGUGGUCUUCGGCUACUGCGUGACCCUCAUCAUCCUCUUCAGCAACUUCUAUUAUCAGAGCUACGUCAGCGGGAAGAAGAAGGAGUGAGACCAAAGCUUACAGACAGCAAAAGAACCACAUGCAGUGUUUUCUGUGUCCGCUAGGGGGCAGAAGGAGCACGCAGCUGCAGUCAGCCCACCGUUUAUUUCCUCUGUUGAGAAAAUUCAAAGAAUCGCUGUAAACAAACUGUACAUCUAUACAUUUAAUAACAAUAAUAAUGAUGAGAGGUCAAUUUUUUAUCAGCAAUCCUGCAGAAUUAAAAAUCCAGACCCCCCUCCCUCCCUCCCCCUGCAGAGAUAAAUCAAAAGAAAAACAACAAAAACAGAAAUUUCCCCUUUUUUUUUGCAUUAUUUAAACAUCACUGCAACAUGAUAUAUUCUGGACUACACUUCAGUCUAAAGUAGAUUGAAAGCUGUAGAUUGGAGAGAACCCAGAAGUUCCUCCAGGAGAACAGAUUCUUGACGUUCUUAGAUGUUAGAGGUGAAGACUCCCAGAGGGCUGUGAUGGUUAUAGCACCAAGUCCUUCAAUAUGCCAUAAAUGUGGAGAUCUUUGCCAAUAAAGAUGGUUUUGAAUCAG